AAAUGUCCAAUUGUCAUUCCGCCAAUUGUCAACAGCAACAUGGCUGUGGUCAUUGAGACUACGGUCGGCGAUUUGACUGUUGAUUUGUUCGUUGACAAGCGUCCGCGUGCUUGCCUCAAUUUCCUUAAACUGUGCAAACUCAAGUACUAUAAUUACAAUUUAUUUCACAAUAUCGAGCAUGGGUUCAUUGCUCAGACGGGCGACCCAAGCGGCGUCGGGGACGGCGGCGAAUCAGUUUGGGGUGUCGUCGAGGGAGUUCAUAAAAGAUAUUUCGAAGCGGAAAGCUUGCCGAAAAUCAAACACACAACCGCCGGAUUACUGUCGAUGGUGAGCGUGGGGAAAAACAUGGUUGGCUCGCAGUUUUUCUUCACUUUGGGACCAGAUUUGACUUCGUUGGAUGGCGUCCACUGCGUUAUUGGGGAGGUUACUGAAGGAUUCGAGGUGUUGCGCAAACUCAACGAAGCAAUCGUAGAUGAAAAGUACCGUCCCUACCAGGACAUCCGAGUAACACACACAGUCAUCUUGGAAGACCCCUUCGACGAUCCUCGCGGCUUUCAAAUUCCAAGUCGAUCGCCAUCUCCGAACCCUGAACGUUUGAAAAAUGGCAGAAUUGGUGCCGAUGAAGAUAUCGACGAUACGGAAGGCAAAACGCCGCAAGAAAUCCAGGAAAUGUUGCAAGAACGCGAGGCCAAGGCACGAGCAACAAUCUUGGAAAUCGUAGGUGAUCUUCCGGACGCUGAUAUUGCUCCGCCUGAAAACGUCUUGUUCGUUUGUAAGUUGAAUCCCGUCACCACUGAUGACGACCUGGAAAUAAUUUUCAGCCGGUUCGGAAAAGUUAAAGGCUGCGAAGUCAUCAGGGAUAAGGUUACGGGCGACUCUCUCCAAUACGCAUUCGUCGAGUUCGAGGAUAAGAAAGCCUGCGAGAACGCCUACUUUAAAAUGGACAACGUCCUCAUAGACGAUCGACGGAUACACGUCGACUUCUCACAAUCCGUCGCGAAGGUUAAGUGGCGCGGUAAAGGUCGUGGUAUUGUCCGGGAUGACGGCAAAGAUGGGGGAAAGUUGGAUUUUAAUGACUUGCGAGGGCCUAGCAAACCUAUAAAGAGAGAAAGAGGCAGAGAGCGCCGUGAAGACGCAAACGACUAUCCCAAGAACGGCAAGGCAGAGGAUAGUCGCCCCGAGCGCCCUCGAAACAAAUCCAAGAGCAGAUCCAGAAGCCGCACCCCGAGACGAAACAAAAGUCGAACAAAAAGCCGGUCCCCGACCAGCAGAAAUAACCAACGCCGCGAGCGAUCGGAUAGCCGCUCGAGGAAUACCGGCAGAAGAGGUGGAUACGAUAGAAACAGUCGAUCUCCAUCAAAUCACAACCGAUUUUCCCGCGACUCAGAAUAUCGACGGCCGCCCAACAACUAUAGGAACUUCAACAGACCCUAUGGAAACCGCGGCAGAGGGAGAUACUCAGGCGGCAAUUAUUUCAACUCACGUCCUUAUGCGAGAAGAUAUGACAACAGGCGCUCGCGCAGCAGAUCGCCGUAUAGGUCAAAUAGUAACCGCUCACGUGACCGUUCUCCAGCAUAUGAUCGUCACGCUCAAAGAUAUGACGAUCGGCGCAACAAAUAUCGGAGCCGCUCACGUGAUCGUGACGACAAUAGAACAAAAGAAGAGAACAGAUAUUAUGCUAAGACGAACGACUUCCGUCAGCCCUAUUCGAAUGAAAGAAACAGACAAGAAAGGCAUUCGGAGCGCGAAACUUCCGGAAGAGACCAAAGGGUGUCGUCAAACAAGAAAAGCAGAGAAGCCAACAGGAAGAAGGAAAGUUCUUCAUCGUCAAGCGAAGACACUUCAUCUUCUUCGUCUGAAUCGUCAUCCUCGUCGAGUGAGGAGGAACGAAGGAAGCGGAGACGGAAGAAAUCGUCCAAGAAAAGCACCAAAAAGAAGACCAAGAAGCGUCAGCCUAGCACUUCGUCUUCAGACUCGUCCUCGUCAGAUUCAAGUAGUGAUUAAGUCCAGCGGAAUUUCAAGUGUUGUACCUUGCAAUGGAGAUUGCCUGUAAAUAAAGUUGUGAAUAUGUGUAACA